AUGGAGACACGCGCCUACACCCACAGAGACUACGCAUACAGAGCGCACCGUUUACUACAGGCGGCCCGAGUGUUCUCAGCGAAUUCAGAUCCCUCCUUUCUCCUCGUUGUCUACAGCAGGAACUUUGGCUUUGACCCUGUGUCAAAGGCGAUCCUAUCUUAUUUGCUAGAAGGCACCGCGGGGUAUUCAUCGUUCAUUAGUGUGCAGGAUUUUGACGACAUCGCCCUCUGUAUUGACGUUGUUCAGGGCACGUUCUUGUGGUAUUUUCCUACGCAGGAGCUAUUGGAUCAAUACAGACAUAUUAUCUCUGGGGUGUUGAGCUCCUAUGUCUAUAUUGGCUUUACAGAUCCUCUGGUAUCGAAGACAAACUCUCUGGAAGACGCUGGAGGCACCAAAAACACAAGCUCGCACGAAACUCCGUACCUUUCUCUCCGCGUGGUUGGAUGCCGCCGUUAUGCCUCCUUAGCUGAGGCAGCAUGCACUAAAGGCUUCGCUAGCAAGGUGCUUGAGUAUGAAGACAGCAGCAGUGUUUUAGAUGUUCCCCUUCUUGCAUUCUUGCGCGACGCACUCAUCCCCGUCGACGUUUCUGCCGAUACAACCCAGACAGCAUCUCCGAAGGCCACGCAUGGUAAUACACAAAUACGACAAGACAGCACCAACAAGAGUUGCUGCUCACUCAACCAAUCGGAGUGUGCAUCGCAUUUCACAGUAUACAGUGCAAUUGAGGGCCCAGCCCAGCCGGGGUCUGACCCUCGUUACAGAGAGUUUUUGGAGUCUAUUCCGUCAAUGGCUUUAAAAGCUUUGCCUAUUGAUGUGCUUUAUCAGUGUUUAUAUCAUGUAGACAUGUGUUCGGCGCGCACGCUCUACCGCUCGAUGCACUUGCUCGAGCUGCAAUGCUUAGAGUGCGUCAAUAAGUCCAAAGACCUCGUGGCAUCUAUCCCUCCUGGCACGGCAGACAUAGGACAAAUGCUCUUGGCCUCCAUCUCUGAACCGAUGGUAGCAGAGUUCACGAACAAGAGGACUCAUUAUCUUGACAUCUGUGCUGCCAUGCGAGCGGCAAACGCUACAGAUGAUUUCUUUAACAGGACAACCACUGUUAAGUACUAUCCACUGAUGCUUCUAGCUGCAAAGACGGCUGGUGACGGCACUCGCGCGCUCACAUGCGGUGGAAUUAUUGAUAUAAACGUCGUCCAUCCGCUAUAUCCUUUGCAAGUACGGAGAUCACUUAUUGUAGAGCCAUAUAAGUCCACGCAAUCGGAUGCAAAAGACAUAGAUUGUGUGCCAUCAUCUGUUGUCAAUGCAUUUUAUAGCAUUGCAGGUGCCGUUGCCUCUCAGCUGCCCGAGCUCGUCACACUUCUCGCCGAUGAGCUGGGCCUGGGAAGCAAGCUGUAUGCAAAGAGUGAUGACCUUGCAAAGGCAGUAGAGUCAUCGUUAGGACCAUUAAAGAAUAAGAUAUCGGGCACCCUAACUACAUCCAUGCAAGCGGAGAACUUCUCUGUUAACGCAGCAACACUGAAACAGGCGAUCAAUCUUACAAGUAAUGCUAUAAAGAUCUCCUGUGAGUACUACAAUCUGGGGAUGACAAAGGUAGUAUAUGGCCGCGUCCUGUACCACAUCAACCUUGCUAUUCAGGUACGCUUGCCCUACACAUCUUCGCACGUCCUGGCCUUGACGAUUGUGCAUGGGGAUACACUGCUUACAUAUCCAGGGGGGUACUAUUGCAUGGGUUCGCAGCUACUGGCAUCUAAGAACACGGUUACCCGGCUCCGUUGCAGCGACAAGUUUGUCUUCCGCGAUCUGGCGAUGCUCCCCGCGAAGCAGCAUAAUAUGACUAAUCUCGCCUGCGAGAUGAGGCUUCUACACUAUGUCGCCAUUAAUGGAAAGAAGUUUCUGCUGUCUCCUCUUACCAAGACGUCGUUUCCGUGCCUUCUGCACUUUGAUCCCGGUUUCCAUCUUAGUGUGUGCCUCCAGAAUCUUGGUGACUGUAUACUCAACAUGACUCCCAACCCAAAGAGUCAGGCAUUUUUGUCCACUAAAUCUAUGUACACGGAUAACAUGAAAGAUCUUUUCAAAUAUCGUCCUCUAUUGACAACUGUAGAUGGGCAUAUGUCGCUGAUGCUUUUCACACGCAUACUAACUUCUGAAGAGCGCCAUGAUGUGAGCACAGCUCAAGAGGAAGGCGCUGGUCUCGGUGGCUCACAGCUUUCAGGGCCCUCGGAGGAAAACUUAUCUGUUUAUAUGGAGAACAGCCUGAUGGACUUGUCUGCUGUUGUGGGACAUAGUGUAGCAGGCGGAUUUGCAGCAAGCAUAGAUCUCCUUGCCAGGAAGCUCAAGAUAACUGUUACGACAGCUAUCCGCUUAUUGUUUGUUGAUAGUAUGCUCUCAAGUACCGAUGCUCUUGGGAAACUACGCAACCUCUCUGCCCUGUACAACGACUGUUAUGCUUCUUUGGGGCUUGUUCAGAUUUAUAAGCCCACCGAUGUCACUGCAGCCUACGGCUUCAAGGUAUUCAAGCAAGAGCGCGGCGGGGACUUCCUGCUGAGCGAGGAUGACUUGCCACAGGGCAUCGUCUCUGGAGAGGAUCUUCUUCAGCUCAUAUGGUCUAUGGCCAAGUUUGCUUGCAAGGAGGCCGACCUUCCUGCAGAGCUGCAACGUACCACAAUGAGUGCUGAUUCUAUGAAGAAGUUAACGCAUGCAUGCAUUCUCAAUGGGCUACUUGACGAUGUCUUUUCAUGUGGCUCUUCUGAGACGGUUGCAGGACCUGUAGACGCCCCUGAUAGCACUACUAAAGCGCUCCUUGAGCAGUCCUCUAAGAACGUAGAGGCCCACAAUGUACACUUUUACUCAUCUAGUUUUGCCAUGGGAGCAACUGGUGUGUACAGGGCAGGUCUCAGUAAUAUCUUUAGACAAGGUAUUCAGGCCAUGGAGACACAGGAUACUCUGAAGCUACAGGCAUCGAUGGGAAUACAUGUAGCGGACAAGAUUAUCGCCCAUACAGGGAGCCCACUUGACUGCCUAGAUAUGCUAUGUUUGACAAAGGAACAUGCACCUGUAAGCCCGGUCACGACUCGCUCCUGUGUCUUCGAUAAGGAUCUCAAGCUCAGUUCCAAUAAUCAUGUGGUUAUUAUCAGUGGUUUCGGUGAUCUGUCGAAUACGCUCGUGGCUCUAUUUUCGGCUGCGCUCCAAUCUGAGCUUAACGGCUCAACCAGCUCAAUCAACAAAAUUAUCACGCGCUCCCUUAAUGAACGGGCAUUCUUAUCUGAUCUGCUAUCCGUCCUCCCCAAUCUAACGAACACUGUCAUCAUCGGGCAGAUAACUGCCGAAAGCAAUCUGUCAGUCCUUUUAGAGUCCGUUGGUACCUUCGUAGCGAGCAAUUAUGUGACUACUGUUCGACAUAUCUCUGUGUCCACGCCUGCUGUUUUCAACGUGCAUUGCGCAGCUACAGAACCAAAUGUAUAUCAACUUCCAUUUAACAUGUCCUUUAUUCCUACGUGGACUAAGAAACUGGUUGUUGUUACAGAGCCAGGAGUGGUUCCAGAUAAGAAUGCAAUGUCUCACUUUGGCAUCUAUUCAUUGUCGGGCCCAGAACUCUCCGCCAUCUCAGCCUCUGCGGAAUCAUCCAAGGCAGCUCAGAGCGCAGCCAAGAAGGCACUCUUGUUGGACAGCCUAUCUGCUAACCCACAGCCCCUGACUGAUAAGACUGUUUACGAAAUAUCCAAGGGAAGCUUGUUUAGCAAAGAGCAAAUGGUGAUUCAUAGUCUCACUCUUCCUGGUAACCAAGUCACAGACAUUUGCUCCGAAGUAGCCAGAGGCAUCACUGAUGAUGUGUAUGCCUGUAGGUGGGACUUUGCGACUCCAGAUAAAGACUUGUUCGUGCUCUUUUCCGACCGGCCAAGCUAUCUAAAGAGAGAUUCUGGUGCAACGAAGCGACAGCUGCAUUCCUCAAAACAUCACAUUAUUCAGCAAAUUGAUAGCUCUUACACCGAUACGAUGCUCCGCAGGUCUCUGGGAGGACUCCGCCGCAUUAUCACGACAAGGCAAUCGAUAAAGGUAGGCCUCUUGCCAAAAAUAUUUACCAUGCUUUUAGGAGCGUGCGAUGGUAACGAAACCCAGGGAAAUGUGCAGGUAGUAUUAAACCUCAGUAAUGCACUCUUCUUGGAGCUUAGCACCCACAGGAACACGAUAUCCGUGGGGAGAUAUAAUAUUGAUGACUACUCUUCGCGGCGGUUCUUCCCAAGCUUCCUAGGAAAGGUGACAGUCUUGAGCAGUGAGCCUGCCACGAUCUUUGAGCAGCCCACUUUUAGCCGCCUAUUCUCUAGUUUUAUGGAAGAGAUCUUCCGUGAGCUGUUUUUGGAAUUGGCACCCACCAAUCUUGAGAUUAAAGAGUAUGGGAAGACUGCAGACCCUCUCGCCGUCGUUGAGGAUCUGAACACACUCAGUAAGGAGAACAUUUCGUGGAGCCUCGUUAAGGAAUACUACAGCGACGAGAAACUACCGUCAGGCUGGUACUACGACGGUAUAAAGUACAUCUCCAUGGAUGGAGAGCGUUCUAGCGAUAGACCUGAUAAAGCAGAGCUUAUGAAAAGGUUUGCUGAAGAAUUGGAGGCUAAAACGCUUCGCCCAAAGGGUUCUAGCAAGGAAGAGAACCCCACGACGCGAGAGAUAGAAAACGACAUACUUAAGCUUAAUAUCAGAGACGAUUCAGAGCCAGAGAGCGAUGCAGAUGGCAUGAAUGUGCCAUUCGUAGCAAACAAAGCCAUUCCGGACCCUGUCAACGUUGGCAGUUCUGAGGCAUCGAGACCUUCAAGGAACCCAAUUGGGUCCAUUGCAACAGCCCUAAGAGAUGAAUCGGGGCAAGGCACAAAGAAUGCAGUCUAUACCAAAAACACCGUUCCUGCUUCGCGAAAUGCGGCGAUACUGCGCCCGUCGGGCUCCCGCACAACCCAGGCCCAAAAUCAAAAAUCUAAGCCUGGUGCCAGGCAAUAG